CUUCAAUUGACUGAUGUCUAUACAGUCCUGCUUCUAAAUGUUCUUUCUAAUUACUAGGCACAAGGUGUUGGUACUUAUUUUUUACAGAUUCUGCAAACAUGGCAGCUUCCAUUAAAUCAAAAGAUGUUUCAAAGCAAAUGGUGAAAUCCUGUAAUGUAAUGCCUGAGAAAACUGCUGUGAAAACGGCUUGUUUUGCACCCAAUUUAAAGAUGUUUAUUUUUGCUUUAUCGUUAUCAUACUUUGCAAAAGCAAUAUCUGCGAGCUACACAAAAAGUUCUCUUACACAGAUCGAAAGGAGGUUUGAUAUUUCAACAUCUCUGACUGGCCUUAUCGAUGGAAGUUUUGAAAUUGGGAAUUUAUUGCUGGUAGCAUUUGUGAGCCAUUUUGGAGCAAAGUUACACAGACCAAAGGUAAUAGCUGCUGGGAGCUUUCUGAUGGCAGCUGGAACAUACCUUAUGGCAAUGCCUCACUUUCUGAUGGGAUGCUACAAAUAUGAAACAGCAAAAGUCACAACUUCAUUUAAUGCAUCACCAGCUAUUGCCAUGUGUUUGUUUGAUGAGUCCCAGGAUUCCAUUUCAGAGCAGGCAGACAGCCCAUUAAUGAUGCAAGAAAUAGGGUGUGAAAGUGACAGACACGCAGGAUCUCGUCUUUGGAUUGUUGUUCUCAUUGGAAACAUUAUACGAGGCAUGGGAGAAACCCCUAUAAUACCCCUGGGAGUGUCUUACAUUGAUGAUUUUGCUAAAGAAGAAAACUCUGGAUUUUACUUUGGUGUUGUGCAUACAAUUGCUCUUAUAGGUCCUCUUGUUGGCUACUCUCUUGGGUCCUUGUGUGCCAGACUAUAUGUUGACAUUGGUUUUGUGGAUCUGAAUACUGUUACCUUAGAUUUCCAUGAUACCCGCUGGGUAGGCACAUGGUGGCUUGGCUUUUUAAUUACUGGGACAGUAAAUUUAAUAUCGGCUAUUCCGUUCCUCUUCAUUCCCAAAUCUUUGCCAAAGGAAGGAGAAGAAAACAGUGACACUGAUGAGAACUGUCACUCGAUGACAUUACUUUCAAAGAUUUCUUCAGAACCUGAUAAAGGAGCAGCUGAACAUGAACCAAAGAUAUCUGACAUUGGAAAAGGUUUCUUUUCUUCAUUAAGGAAACUAUUCCAGAGCCCAGUCUUCAUUCUCUACCUGAUUAUAAGUGUUCUAAAGUUCAACACCUUUGUUGGAAUGGUGACUUACCUGCAAAAGUACUUAGAGCAAGAAUUUGGAGAAUCCAUUUCAAAGGCUAACUUCUUAAUAGGAAUAUUCCACUUACCAGCAUAUGCAACAGGGACAUUUGUUGGUGGUAUUGUCCUGAAAAAGUUCAAACCAACCUUGAUGGGAGCUGCAAAGUUUGCAUUUGCCAUUUCUGUUGUGGACUGGUUGUUGACAGCUGGGCUAUUUCUGCCACACUGUGAGAAUGCUCAAGUUGCAGGAAUCACAACUACUUAUAAAGGAAUGAAGCAACUCUCUUACAGUGAAGACACACUAAUUUCAGAAUGCAAUGCUAACUGUAGCUGUUCAGUAAAAACAUGGGAUCCAGUCUGUGGACCAGAUGGUAUGGCAUAUGUAUCGCCAUGCCUUGCUGGAUGUAGAUCAUCAAGUGAAACAGAAAGAAAUCAAGUAUUUCACAACUGCAGCUGCAUCGACUCUUUAAGACCAGGACCAGGAAAUUUCUCAGCUGUUCUUGGGCAAUGUCGAAGAGAACAAAAAUGCAAAACAAUGAUGUAUGCUUAUCUAACUGUAUCGCUAAUCAAGUCUCUAGUUUAUUCUGUAGCAGCCAUACCAGGUUAUAUGGUUCUAGUCAGGACCAUUGCCCCUGAAGUGAAAUCAUUAGGACUGGGAAUCCAUCUUUUAAUCACAAGGACACUGGCUGGAAUCCUUGCACCCUUGUUUUAUGGAGCAGCAAUUGAUGCCACGUGUUUGAAAUGGGGUUCCAGAAGGUGUGGAGGCCAAGGAGCCUGCAGGAUGUAUGACAUCACAGCCUUCAGGUACAUUUAUGUUGGUUUAAAUGCAGGAAUAAAUGCAAUUUCUCAUAUUCCAUGCAUCAUCUUUCUCAUCUUUUUAAGCAAACAGUUUGGGUCAGCAAAUAUGGAGAAUGUUGAAAAUGCUGAGGUGGAAUUAGCACUCAUCAAAGAAACUGUUACCAGACUAGAUGACAAAGCUAACCAUACAAAAACGCAGAAUUCACAAACAGAAAAAGGCAGUGCUUUGUAGUGAAGAAUGUUUUUCUCAUAUAAGCUUCCCAUGCUAAAUUAAAACAUUGGUCAGUAUUUCACA